AUGGUGUCAUCUGUUUGUUCAGACCCUGAUGGACCAGCGCGAAUUUGGUUUGAUAACUUACCAAUCGGACAGAUUGAAUCCUGGAAGGAUCUGCGUGAAAAGUUUUUGACACACUUCAGCCAGCAACGACGUUCCAUCCGUGAUACAUCUGACGUCAUGAACAUCUGGCGUCAUGAUGACGAGAGUCUGGAGGAUUUCAUCACCAGAUACAAUAAAGAAGUAUUAGAGAUUGGCGGCGUGCAUGAGCAACUAAUCUGCGCACAAUUCAAAUACGCGGUUAGAUGUGACGACAUGAUUAAGGUUUUAUCCGGAACUGAGGGCCUCCCCAAAAGCUGGGAAAAGAUAAUGGCAGCAGCCAAGGUUUAUGCGCAAACGGAGAAAAACCUUACUACAAAUAGGCCACCACCACCACACAACAGGCCUACAGACUUAAGCUCAACCGGCGAAAGAAGAUCAAAGAAGUCAUGGCGUGAAUCUGGAACAGGAAGUCGUUCGUCUGAGGAUGCCCGCACAACAAUCAACAAACUCACCGCGCAGAGGGAGAACAAACAUGAAAAUAGGGAGAGACAAUGGACUCCCCUAACAAAAACCCCGGCGGAGGUCUUAAGCACUGAAGACUAUCAAUUCAAAUCUCCGGUUCCAAUGAAGAGCAAGCGUGGACAAGAGCCGGCACAAUACUGCGAAUAUCACAAAGAUAACGGGCACACCACUAACAACUGCAUCUCCCUACGCACAGAAAUAGAGAAAGCCCUCAAGAGCGGCGAACUCACACAUUUACUCCAAAAUGUGCGCAAGGAGAUUAAGCAGAUAACCCGGGGUGAUGAAGGCCCAAGCAAACGGGCAAAAACCUAA